CCAGCCUCCAACACAGAACCGAAGGUGAAAAAACUGCUCACGAGCAACAGCAUAGAAGGCUGCUACCAACAAUCAAAUGAAGUUUGUGGUGAAUAAGGCAUGGAGCAGUGGUUGUCGGGUAGGAGCGGUGGAGAUGGGAAGCUGCCCUGGACCCAUAGAGACCCCUGCUCUUCUCCUAUCUACUCGUAAAGGGCUUCCUCACUUUAUCUCCCCUGACCUUCUCACUUCUCUCCCUUCCCCUGAUUCUCAUCUCCUUCAAAUUUCUCCACUCCACUUUUUGGAAGGACUUGCUUCAACCACAAUAUCAAAAAUAGGAGGCCUUCACCAAAUGCUUGGUUUGCACCAAUAUGGAAUUAUAGCUGUGGCCAGGGAUUCCAUUCAAUGCCUUCCUGAGUCUAAGGGAGCUACCAAAUUCGGAGCAUCUUUUGAGACUCCUUGUGGUCGUCUGUUGAUUAAACCCAAAGAUUAUGUUGAAAUGAUUUCUUGCAUGAGGCCAAAUGUAUGGGCCACUUUGGCUGAUGAAGUACCUGCUUGGGUGUCUGAUAAAAGGAACAUAACCUCAGUAGAUAGAACUUUGCGAUGGCUUGAUGAUUGCCUUGCAUUGGAUCCGGCAGCUGGAUCCAUCUUUGGUGCCAUUGUUGGAGGAUCAAAUUUGGAUGAAAGGAAGCGAUGUGCAAAAGAGGUAGCCAAGCGAAAUGUAUCAGGUUAUUGGAUUGGAGGGUUUGGUCUUGGAGAGAGCAUUCAUGAGCGAUCUGCUCUUUUAAGUGCUAUUAUAGAUGUCUUGCCAGGUGAAAAACCACGCAUGAUCAGUGGGCUUGGACUCCCAGAGGAGAUCUUGCAAGGAAUUGAUGCUGGAAUUGAUCUUUUUGACUCAACGUACAUCUAUUCCCUCACACUUGGAGGAUUUGCACUAACCUUUUCACUGGACAAGAAUGGGAAUCAAUAUAAUUUUCAGCAAAGCCAGACUGGAAGUGACAUGACAAAAAUAAAUUUGAGAGCAAAAGUUUAUAGGAAGGAUAUGUCCCCCAUUUUAGGAAACUGCUCCUGCUAUACAUGCCUGAAUCAUUCUAAAGCAUACAUCAAUCACCUAUUUAAUGUUCAUGAAAUGCUGGCACAGAUUCUGCUAGAAAUCCAUAACACACACCACUAUUUGAUGUUCUUUCAUGUAAUAAGAGAAGCAAUCAAAGAUGGAAGGUUUGAGAAAUUUCGACAGACAUUCAUUGAGAGUAGGCGUGCACAUCACGAAAGGGAAGCUGUUUGUGCUUGAGGUCAUAUACGUUCAGGUGUUUCCAUCUGGGUUUUGGCUUAUUAUAUGAUACAAGGACAUCAAUUUUAGUAGUGUCUACGGAUGAGUUUAGCUGUCAUUAGAUGUGAUUUAUGAGAGAGGACAUCAAUUUUGUUUUCAUAGUUCUUGUUUUCACUAUUAAUUUUGUAACCAAAGAUGCUAGCAUUAUUUGAUUGCAUAGUUUUGUUUUAAAUCCUUCUCAGUUUGUGUAUGCCAGUUGGAGAAUUUAGAAUGCACAUUGUCAUUGUAUGCAAUUAUGUAGUAUAUUUACUACUACUUGAGGUGGAGUUCAUAUCAGUACAAUUGAUAUUAAUAUUAUAAUUUUUU